UUCUUUGUUGACCAAGGAGCCAAAAUCCACAACCACCUACACACCCAUGUCACUGUCUCACACCCACCAUUUCCCGUGUGAUCGUUGCACUUUUGGUCGUUUUUGAAGACUACCCACAACAUCAAAUUGCUCGUUAUUUUCACCAACAAAGAUAAAUAACUACUUUGCUUUCUCUUCAAUUCGCCACAUUGGUGAAUAACCAAACCCAAAUUGGGAUAGUGGUAGUGCUAAUUAUGGGGAAUAGCUUUGGCUCAAAGAAGACCACAAAGGUCAUGAAAAUUGAUGGGGAAUCCUUCAAGCUAAAGACACCAGUGAAAGCUGGUGAUGUCCUUAAAGACCACCCUGGUCUUGUUUUGUUAGAAUCUGAGGCAGUGAAGCACUAUGGGACCAGGGCAAAGCCAUUGGAAGUGCACGAAGAGUUGGAGCCAAAGAGGCUCUAUUUUCUUGUGGAGCUUCCAAAGGAGAAAGUUCCAAGAAGGGUUCGUUCUAGCAUCAACAUGAGUGCCAAGGACAGGCUUGAAAGUCUAGUCCUGUCUCGGAGGUCUGUUUCUGACCUUACAAUCAUGAAGGCGAAGCAGAGCGAAAUGCAGGGUGGUGGUGGUGGCGGCAGUGUGGUGGUGCAGGGCGGGGAGGGGUCGCAGAGUGGCGGUGCGGUGAGGUUGAAACUGAGGCUUCCAAAGGCGGAGGUGGAGAAGCUGAUCAAAAGUAGCAGAAAUGAGGCUGAGGCUGCUGAGAGGAUUAUGAGUUUUUGCAUGGCCAACAAUGGCAGCAAAUGGGAAAGUGUGAAAAAUGGAGAUAUGAUGAAGGUGCUGAGCAUAGGCAGAGUUGGUGAAUGUAAAAAAGCAUAUCAGAAAAAGGUGAGCUUUAUGCCAAUCAGUGAAGGUGGGAGUCCCAUAGCUGUGGGUUUUUAACCAGACACUUCACAUUAAGCUUGAAGCUAUAAAAUGAAGCCUCAAGGGUGCAGCUAGAUGUUUAGUUUAAUGGGUGAUUGUAUUGCUUAGUUACUAUAUUAAGAACUACAAGCUGUUACAAUAAUUAUAUGGGUGCUUUGCAUAUUAUUUAGUUUCAUAGAAAAGAAAUCAGCAAAAUGAUGAAGUGAAUUUAUGCAGGCACCUAUAUGUUUGUGAAUAAUUUUCUUCAUAUAUAGUUCAAUAACACUACUCAUCACAUCAAAUAACAUACAUUUCUUUUUUAGGUUCUUUUA